AUGAUGAAUUUAAUGAGGCGUGCACUUGUUAUCGGAGGAAGCGGUGCUCUUGGCAGAUCAAUGGUCGAGAUUUUCAGAGACAGUUGGGAAGUAACCAGUGUUGAUCUCAGAGAAAAUUCAUCCGCCCACAAAAAUAUCAUUCUCAACGAGCUUCAAAAAAUUGACGACCAAUGCGAGUCUUGCAAGCGAGAAUUAACUGGAAAAUAUGACGCAAUCUUAUGUGUAGCUGGUGGAUUUGCAGGUGGCAGUAUUUCCGAACCUGAGGUCUUUUCAAAGAUCCAGCACCUAAUGAAAUUGAAUUUAUUCCCAUGCGUGAUGGCUGGACAUAUAGCAACUCAAUUUUUAGCUGAAGAAGGGCUUAUAGUAUUGACUGGAGCUGCUGCUUGUUUUAAAGAUACAACACCCGGUAUCAUCGCUUAUGCUUUAUCAAAGACAGCUACCCAUUCUUUAGCUUUAAAUCUUGCUACAAGACAAGAUAUUCCAGCAACAUCUACUGUUGCUACAAUUUUACCAGAAGUUAUUGAUACCCCGAGCAAUAGAGACGCAAUGCCAAAUGCUGAUUUUAGUAAGUGGGCUAAUCCAAGAUCUAUUGCUGCGUUGGUAAAAAUGUGGGCAGAAGGAGUAAACAGACCUGAAAAUGGCAGCUUUGCAGUCCUGAAAACAGUAAAUGGACAGAUUGUGCCUGAAUUCGUUUAA